AUGCAGGACACUGAAUUGGUUGAGAACCCUAAAAUCACUACUCCUAAAGAUGAUGCUGAGAUUCGACGCAACGACAAAGUUUCACAUAUUGUGGUCAACCCUGAAGUCACUACUCUUGAUGAUGAUUUCGAUAUUCCACGCAACGAUGAAGUUUCUCUUGUUGAGCACCCCAAUCUCAAAGAUAUGUUACUACUUUCGAUAUCCAUGGGCUAA